AUGGCCCUCUUCAGCGUCGUGGAGUUCAGAGAUGAAGAAUCAAGAGAAGGGAAGACUCUAGUGGAUAUAAUCCCAUCGUGUUGGUUUACUGAUGAAGACAAGACGGACUGUUUUUGGCCCUCAGGCCUAAGUCUUAACAUCACUAAGGCAGUUAAGCAGCAACUCCAGCCAGAUGCUUCAUGGACGACAUACAGUGUGCGUGUAAUUGGAAAUGCAGAUACAGAUGGAGAUGCUCGACGUAAGCUUGCACGAGCAGAAGUUGCAUCUGAUCUUCAAACAGACAAUGAUGUACCAAAGAAGCGACAAAGAAGGCCACCCAAAAAAGCCCAGGCUCUUUCAUCAAGUGAGGAGGAAGCUGACUCAUGUGAUGAGGACGAAUUGCCACCUUCUCCUCCCCCUGAAUUUGGCAGUCAUUCAGCAGUAGGAUAUAAACCUAACAUCACCUCAAGAGUGAGUGGCUGCAGUGCGGCCCCGAGUGUUCGAAGCCCCAGCGUGACCCCGAGUGUUCGGAGGCCCAGCGCGCCCCCGAGUGUUCGAAGCCCCAGCGCGACCCUGAGUGUUCGGAGCCCCAGCGCGACCCUGAGUGUUCGGAGCCCCAGCGCGACCCUGAGUGUUCGGAGCCCCAGCGUGACACCAAGUGUUGGAAGCCCCAGUGCAACCCCAAGCACUAGUUCUUCCUCAAGUGUGAGCAGCCACAGUGACAUUGAAGGAGCCAUGUUUGUAAAAUUGGUAACUCUCCUCGAAGAAGUGAAGGACACUCAGAGAGUACAUAGCAAAAUGUUAAAUACACUGAUGAAGCAGAAAGCGGCUGUGCCAGUGUUGGAACCACCUGAAGGAGCAGUAUUUCCACUGACCACUAUCCAAGAUGUGCAAGCCAUGAACGAGAAGCUGUGCAACUCAGAAUUCAUGUCUGGAGUUAUUGCUAUGGUUGGAGAAAUAGGAGGUAGUUCAUUGGAUGAUGCCACCAGAAGAAUGAUGGCAUUCCUCAUGUCCCAUGAAUUGGCACUGCAGUACAGCCUUUUUGGGCGUCAUGGCAAGAACAAUUUUCGAGAGCUGCGUCUUUUUGAUGUUGUAUAUGGGGCACUAAAGAGGAACGCAUUAACUCAAGGAAUUACCCAGAAGGAAGCAGAGAAGGCCCUCUCCAAGUGGUUCACUGGAGCCCGUGACAGAGGCGGAAACAGGAUGGUAAGAGCUCAGAGAGAGCUUAAAAAAAAAUUGGAUGGUAGAGUAGGCCAAGAAGAGGAACAGUCCCAGUAG